AUGGCUAUGAACAACUGGUUAGGAUUCUCUCUUUCAGCACAUGAGGAAUUAACAUCACAAACAUCUCAAGAAAUAUCAGGUUCAGUUGAUGUUUCAGGAGAAUGUUUUGAUCUUACUUCUCAUCAUGAUGACUCUACACUUCCUUCCCUUAAUGUUGUUCCUCAUAAUACCCCUUUUGGUAUUUUUGAAGCUUUUAACAGAAAUCAUCAAUCACAAGAUUGGAGCUCUCAUGAUCCUAACUACAAAACAACAUCAGAGAUGUCAAUGCUAAUGGGUAGUUCAUGCAAUACUAUUCAACAUCUUGAAAAUCAAGAACCACCAAAGCUAGAAAACUUUCUUGGUAUUGGUGAAGUACAAAACAACAACAACAAUAUUAAUGGAGAUUAUAGUAUUUAUUCUAGUGUUACUAAUACCACUAACAAUAUUGGAAGUAACACUAAUAAUAAUACUAUAGGGCUUUCUAUGAUCAAGAAUUGGUUAAGAAAUAACCCUAACACCACUACCCCAUCAGAAAAUGACAAGAAGGAGGGGGAGGGUGUGGUGGUAGGUGGUGGUAAUAAUGCACAGUCCUUGUCGCUUUCUAUGAGCACCGGCGACGGUGGCGGUGGCGGUGGCGGUGGCGGUGGAGAGAAUAGUUGCUCGUCGGAAAAUAACAAACAACAAGAGAAUGCGAAUGGUACCAAUGGUAGUAUUGAUGUACAAAAUAAUGGUGCAAUAGAAGCAGUGCCUAGGAAAUCUAUUGAUACGUUUGGCCAAAGAACUUCUAUUUACCGUGGUGUUACAAGGCAUAGGUGGACGGGGAGAUAUGAGGCACAUUUGUGGGAUAAUAGUUGCAGAAGAGAGGGACAAACUCGCAAAGGAAGGCAAGUUUAUUUGGGAGGGUAUGAUAAAGAAGAAAAGGCAGCUCGAGCUUAUGAUUUAGCAGCACUGAAAUACUGGGGUCCGACAACUACCACGAAUUUCCCAAUUAGUAAUUAUGAAAAAGAGCUGGAGGAGAUGAAGCAUAUGACUAGACAAGAGUAUGUGGCAUCUUUACGAAGGAAGAGCAGUGGGUUCUCUCGUGGUGCAUCCAUCUAUCGAGGUGUUACAAGGCACCAUCAACAUGGAAGAUGGCAAGCAAGAAUUGGACGAGUUGCUGGAAACAAGGAUCUUUAUCUAGGCACUUUCAGCACACAAGAAGAAGCUGCAGAGGCUUAUGACAUUGCAGCAAUCAAAUUUCGUGGACUAAAUGCAGUAACCAACUUUGAAAUAAACCGAUACGACGUAAAAAGCAUACUAGAGAGUAGUACAUUACCCAUUGGAGGUGCAGCAAAACGUCUCAAAGAUGCAGAACAAGCUGAUCAAAUUGCUCUAGAUUAUCAAAGAGUUAGUCAAGAAACCAUUGGAUCUCAUCUCACAAAUGGAACAAUCAGUAGCUAUGGCGCGAACGCGAAUCAUAUCUGGUCUAAUAUUGCAUUCCAACAAGCUCAGCCUUUGAAUAUGCAUUACCCUUAUAGCCAACAACAACAACAACAACAACAAAGGCUAUGGUGCAAACAAGAAGUUCAAGAUUCUGAUCAUUUGAGUAGUACUCACAAUUUUCAAGAUUUUCAUCAACUUCAACAUGGGAAUAUUGCUCAUAAUUUCAUGCAACCUACUUCAGCUUUACACAAUCUUAUGGGAUUGGAUACUUCUUCUACUUCAAUGGAACAUAAUAAUGUUACAUAUCAAGGUGUUGGAUAUGCAAGUAGUCCUAGUGGUGGAUUUGUGUUGCCACAAUUGAGCCAAGGUAAUGGAUAUGGAGAGAAUGAAGUGAAGCAACAACUUGGUAAUGAGAAUAUAUUUGGUUACUACCAUUCUCAACAAUCAACAUCUAACGGUUCGGUCAAGGCGGCCGGUCUUUAUGAUCAACAGGAGUCUGUUAACUGUAACAAUUGGAUGUCAACAGCCGUUCCUGCUCUCGCUUCGAGGAAUAACACCGUCGCUAUUUGUCAUGGUGGGCCCCCCACUUUCACCGUGUGGAAUGACACAUAGAACUCUCAUCACAAGGCUAGCUAGCAAGGGAUGAUGUAUACAUAACUAAUCUCUAAUCUUCCUUUUUUUCUUUUUUUUAUUUUAUUUUAUUAUUUUUUCUUUUGCAACUCGAGAAAGAUAGUUGUCUUCUUUUUUUUAAAAUUUUUAUUUUGGUUGCUUUUAUGCAAAUGCUAAUUUUGUUUAUAGGACUUGAAGAGUGAAGUUCAUGAAUAGCAUGAUGAGAGAGCUUUGUUUAGUCUCUUUUCUUGGCUAUAAUUUUGGGAACUUCAUUCUUAUAGAUCCUAUCGGAAAGUAAAAAUAUCAACCAUGCUUUGUAAUUUUGGAUAAUAUAACAAUGCAGAUAAUCGGAAUUUUUCCAUUUGUUGUGUA